GAUAAUAAAAGAUAAAAGUUCAAAAUUUAUAUAAAAAAUUAUUUAAAAAAAAAUAUGACAAUGAACAAAAUAAUUCUUCCUUUUGGAAAACAAUUAAUAUUGAUGAAAACAAGAGGAGGUCAAUUUCUCUAAAUAACAUGUUUGAAGAAGAUAAGGAUGCUGAUAGUACAGAGCCAGGCGAAGAAGCCUAUGAUUAUGAUCAAUUCAAAAAAGAAUAUGAAGAACAAAUAAAAAAAUUUAAUGAAACUCUAAAUAUUACUGAAGAAGAAAAACUAGAAGAACACACAAUGAAAGCAUUACAAAAAUUAGUUGAUUUUAAAAAUUGCACAGAAGAAAGUAAAAAAUUUAAUAUUACAUUAAUGGAUUGUUUAAUGUACAAUUAUGAACAGCAAAAAGAUAAACCUAUUAUUAAAAAAACAUUACAAAAAAUAUGGUUAAUUAUUAAAAUUUGGUUUCUGAUAUAUAUAUGUCUUGCAAUUCCUUUAUGGUGUCAGAAAGGUUGGUGUUGUUGUUGUCUCCCUUUUAAAUUUUGUUUUCCAAAAAAAAGAAUAUUAUUUGCAAAACAAUUUUAUGUAAAUAACCCACCUGGUGUGUAUAAAAAAGACCCAAAAAAAGAAGAACUUAUUACAUAUGAACCUACUGAAUUUGAAGAAGAUAUGUAUGAAAAGUUAGAAGCUGCAAUAAGAAAUAUAUGAGUGUAUAUUUAG